GUCAUAUGAUGUGUCAUGGUUCUAUUUGUGUCCCAGCCAUCUGAAUGGGUUGUUACUCUCCCUCUGAAUGGUGGUCUAACUCAACAGUGACACCUCUUACUCCUUCUAUUUAUCUGUUUCAGACAGACAGGCAGACAGAGAGAGGUGGCACACAUAGAAGAUGCAUGGAGAAAAUCGUGUUACUUUAAAAUAGGACAAUUGUUCAGAAAUAAAAAAUAAUUUGCCAGUAUACGGAAAAACAUUAGUUUUAGGAUUGAACGUUUCCGGGAAUUUAUAAAGGAAGCAAGUCGGCCUUUCUGACAUCUUAGAGGUGAAGUGUUAUCUGACAGGCAGAGUGCGAUCCGGAGGGACUGACAAAGAGCCAGGAUGAUUCUGGCCACGCUGAAGGGCUUCGGGAAGCAGCUGCUGCGUGUCAAGGUGGUGGACUACAACACCGAGGACUCACGUCUCUCCCGAUGUCUCAACACCUUCGACCUGGUGGCUCUCGGGGUAGGCAGUACUCUGGGAGCUGGGGUGUACGUCCUGGCCGGGGCCGUGGCCAGAGAAAACUCUGGUCCAGCCAUUGUCCUGUCCUUCCUCAUUGCAGCGAUGGCCUCGGUGCUGGCUGGUCUGUGUUACGCUGAGUUUGGGGCCCGCGUCCCCAAGACGGGCUCGGCCUACCUGUAUAGUUAUGUUACUGUUGGGGAGCUCUGGGCCUUCAUCACCGGAUGGAACCUCAUCCUCUCUUACAUUAUAGGAACCUCUAGCGUGGCUCGGGCAUGGAGCGCCACGUUUGAUGAGCUGAUUGGUCGACACAUUGAGCAGUGGUGCCGGGUCCACAUGGCGAUGAAGGCCCCAGGGAUCCUGGCUGAAUACCCAGACAUGUUCGCUGUCAUCAUCAUCAUCAUUCUCACAGGCCUACUAGCGUUUGGAGUGAAGGAGUCAGCCAUGGUGAACAAGGUGUUCACUUGUAUUAAUGUGUUAGUGCUGGUAUUCGUGGUCAUCUCGGGGCUGGUCAAAGGAACUGUAAAGAACUGGCAUCUGAACCCUGAUGAAAUCCUCAACAUCACUGUCAACGCAACACUGAAUAUGACAGAGUCCUUGCCAUCGAAGGAGAGUCUGGGUCAGGGAGGCUUCAUGCCGUUUGGCUUUACUGGGGUCCUGUCUGGAGCAGCAACCUGUUUCUAUGCCUUCGUGGGCUUUGACUGUAUCGCCACCACCGGUGAGGAGGUAAAGAACCCCCAGAGAGCCAUCCCAAUAGGCAUCGUAGCCUCUCUCCUCAUCUGUUUCGUGGCCUACUUCGGAGUGUCUGGUGCCCUCACCAUGAUGAUGCCCUACUAUAUGUUGGAUAAGAACAGUCCUCUGCCUGUAGCCUUUAAACACAUAGGCUGGGAGGGAGCCACCUACGCUGUGGCUGUAGGGUCACUGUGUGCUCUGUCCACCAGCCUGCUAGGCUCCAUGUUCCCCAUGCCUCGUGUCAUCUGGGCCAUGGCUCAGGACGGACUCCUCUUCAAGAGUCUGGCCCAGAUCAGUGACCGAACCAAAACCCCUCUAAUCGCUACAGUAACCUCUGGAAUGGUGGCAGCGGUGAUGGCCUUCCUGUUUGACCUGAAAGACCUGGUUGAUCUGAUGUCUAUCGGCACCCUGCUAGCCUACACCUUGGUGGCAGCCUGUGUUCUCGUACUCAGGUACCAGCCAGAGCAAUCCAGUAUGGCCUAUCGGAUGGCCUGUACGCUGGACGAGCCAGACACCUUAGAGUCCAUUAACGAGGGCAGUGUGGGGAUCCUGCCGGGAGCAGAGGAGGUGUUCUGUGCCAAAAACCUGUUGUUCCCUCACAACACAGAACCCAACAACCUGUCUGGCUUCGUAGUCAACAUCUGUACCAGUACAUUAGGAGUGCUGGUGUGUAUCUUCUGUGUGGUAGCAGUGCAGGGAGGCUUUGCUUCCUGGUCUGUCUCUCUACUGAGCCUCAUAUUUACAGCCUGUCUGGCAGUCACUCUACUGGUCUGGAGACAGCCUGAGAGCAAGACCAAUCUCUCUUUCAAGGUGCCCCUGCUUCCCUUCCUCCCAGUGGCCAGUAUGUUUAUCAACAUCUUCCUGAUGUGUCAGCUGGGCCGAGGAACCUGGAUACGCUUCUCUUUCUGGAUGAUCAUAGGUUUCAUCAUCUACUUUGGCUAUGGGAUCCGUAACAGUGUAGAAGCUGCUUUAGCCAAUACUGACGGUAACCUGCACAGAUACAAGCCAGACUGCACUCUCAGCGGACAGCCAAUGGACAUCGAGAAGGAAGUGUUCCUACACAACGGCCUGGACCUGGACAACACAGUGGACGAGGAGGACGGGGACCUCUAGAGGUUGGGAGGUGCAGUGCACUUCCCUAAUGCUAAUAUCCGAUUACUUCAUCUAUCUUUUAACGGUCAGAUUAGUGCCAUAUACUGUCAGGAAUAUCUUCACGUGAAGGGGGACAAUCAUGUACAAUCAAAACGAGCUCUAUUAGGAUAUCAAACCAGACACGGGUCUCUUCACAUUGGGCAGUGGUCCACCAUACCAGUUCCACGUCCACUGCUCAUGACUCUGUUAGUGAUGUCAGUAGUAAGCACCAAACCAACCAGUCCGUCUGUCAUUGUUAGCACAAAGCAGGACGACUAUCACACUUCUCUUGGAAGAAGAAAAGGGGCUUGAAAGGAUCUGUGGCCCUUAACAUUUUAUUGAAAUUUGUUGCAAAUACUGAAUAGUCUAUAAUUUCACACUGAAGAGCAGGGCUCGUCCCUAAUACUAGCAUUACUGAUUGAUUACCAUGCAGUCUAUCGCCCUCUGCUGGAGUCCUGGUGUCACUGCAUGAUAGAUGCUGAUAGAUAGAGGAUGUGUCACAUGGGCACUCUAUUCCCUAUAUAGUGCACUACUUUUGACCAGGACCCAUAGUGGGCACAGUGCUGGUUGCUGUGUCCCCUCUACUAGUCAAGUCAACAUCAUCCUCCCCAAUUUCAUGACUUACAAUGUUAAUUCACAUACUCUGCUUCUUAUCUACAAAUAUAUUGACUUAUUGAUGACGACAAGUGAUGUUUUUUCAUUCAUAUGUGCAGAGCCAUCUCUGAGUCAAUACAGCUGCACUUCCUUGUUUGAUUGAUCAUAUUCAGGAUGUAAUGAAUUAUAAUUGAUACGUCUCAAAGUACAACUACUUCUCUUCCUUCUCCUUCUCUUCCUUCUUCUCUUCCUUCUUCUUCCUCUCUUCCUUCUUCUCUUCCUUCUCCUUCUUCUU